GUAGAGGUGUCGCGACGUUCGAUCAUGGCCCCUCGUAGGCUGCACUCCACGUGCUUCCCCGGCAGGCGCAGCUCGUUCUUCCUCGUGGUCGACAGGACCCGAUGUGUGAUGUCUUUUCGUUGAAGCUUCCGUCAAUUCUACGAUGAGCGUGAUCCUCAUACAGCCCAUGAGACGCUUGCAUGGCAGGUCUCGCCCGCCUGCUUCUUGGACGCAAUUCCGGGCCAUGUGCAGGGAUGCAACCAGGAUAUCCUUUACCUCUGGGAAAUUGGCAAAGUUUGCUGAUGGCUGUGCAGUUGUAUGCCAGGGAGAUACAGCUGUCAUGGUGACAGCUGUGUGCAAGGAUAAACCACCUUCAUUGUCUCAGGGUUUCGUCCCUCUCACUGUUGACUUUCGCCAGAAAGCAGCUGCAGCUGGACGCAUCCCCAUGAACUUUCUUCGACGGGAACGAGGUCCCACCGACAAGGAAGUCCUCACCAGUCGCAUGAUUGACCGGUCUUUAAGACCCAUGUUCCCUCUUGCAUUUUCAGGAGAAACACAGAUCAUUUGUAAUCUCCUGUCAGUGGAUGGUGUGCAUGACCCUGAAGUUUUGGCCAUCAAUGCUGCUUCUGCUGCCCUGAGCAUAUCAGAUAUUCCUUGGUCAGGUCCUAUUGGAGCAGUUCGGGUUGGUCUAGUAGAUGGGAAUGUGAUGAUCAACCCAACCAGACGGGAACUUAGUCAGAGUACUCUGAACCUCAUUGUAUCAGCUGCUGAACGGAACAAGCUUGUGAUGAUGGAAAUGUCAGGGAAUGAUGUCCUCAUUCAGGAUCUGAUGAAGGCAAUCAAAGCAGCUGUAAAAAGCUGUCAGGCCCUCAUCCAUGAUAUCAAGGCAUUGCAGAAGGAAUGUGGGAAGCCCAAGAGGAUCUCUGAGCAACCUCACACAAUUCCGCAAGAGUUGGUGGAUAAUGUCAAAAAAAGAUGUGAUGAGAAGUUCAGGAAAAUAUUUACUGAUCACUCACACCACAAAUUGUCUCGGGAUGAUGCUGUUAAUGAAUUGAGGUUAUGGGUCAUCCAAGAAUUGAAAUCCAGUGAUUCUGCUUUAGAUGAGCAGGCUGUGAAUGCUGCAUUCGGAGAACUUGCACGGGAGGUAUUUCGAGACCUGAUCCUAGUGACAGAAUGUCGUUGUGAUGGACGCUCCCUUACUUCGUUGAGGCCAAUUGAAUGCGAGGUGGACUUGUACAAACCUCUACAUGGUUCAGCUUUAUUCACACGUGGACAGACACAGGUCUUAUGUACAGUUGCUUUUGAUUCUCUAGACUCAGCCCUUAAGUCUGACCCAAUUUCUGUGAUCACAGGUGGCAUGAAGGAGAAAAAUUUUUUUUUGCAUUAUGAGUUCCCACCAUAUGCAACAAAAGAGAUUGGUUCUGCAUUUUCUUAUGGAAGGAGAGAACUAGGCCAUGGUGCUUUGGCUGAAAGGGCACUAAGACCACUCAUUCCCUCUGAUUUCCCCUUUACAAUUCGUCUCACAUCUGAAGUCCUAGAGUCCAAUGGUUCUUCUUCCAUGGCAUCAGUGUGUGGAGGCAGUCUUGCUCUGAUGGAUGCUGGUGUCCCUUUAUCGACAGCUGUGGCUGGUGUAGCAAUGGGCCUCAUAACUAGAAUCCAAAGUGAUGAGAUUCAGGAUUACAAAGUUCUGACAGACAUCCUUGGCAUUGAGGAUUAUAUGGGUGACAUGGAUUUCAAAAUUGCAGGGACCAGACGAGGAGUGACUGCCAUACAGGCUGACAUCAAGCUCCCUGGGAUCCCAUUGAAAAUUGUGAUGGAGGCAAUAGAGCAGUCAACCAAGGCCAAGACACAGAUCCUAGAUAUCAUGAACCAAACAAUGAAAUCAGCUCAGACUGAACAUAAGACAAAUUGGCCUGUGUCUGAGACCAUGGAUGUGCCAGUUCAAAAAAGAGGAGCCUUUCUUGGGUUUGGUGGAAUGAGAUUAAAAGCUCUGACAGCAGAGACAGGAGUUCAGGUGACUCAGAUCGAUGACACGCAUUAUUCCUUGUUUGCACCAAACCAGGCAGCAAUGGAGGAAGCAAAGGCAAUGAUUCAUGAAUGGAUGAGUCAGGACCGUGAACCUAACUUUGAAUUUGGAGCCAUCUACUCAGCCAAAAUUGUGGAGAUGCAAGAGAAUGGAGUCAUGGUGACCUUGUAUUCAAACAUGAAGCCUGCAUUGUUGCAUGUGUCUCAACUAGACCAGCGGAAAGUGAUGCACCCAAGUGCAUUGGGAUUAGAAGUUGGACAGGAGAUUCAGGUCAAGUAUUUUGGCAGGGAUCCUGUGAGUGGGCAGAUGCGAUUGUCCCGGAAGGUCCUCCAAGCACUUGCUUCUCAGAAGGUGAAAACUCUUGGCUUGAAGGAUCAGGAUCCUGGUGCUAGAGCAGCACAUAACCAUGCUCCGGACACGACAGCCAUCAAGAUCAACAAAUGUCGUGUCUCCAUGAAGCAGCGAGCGGCCAAGACGUGUGACAAGCUAAGUGUUAUCUACUCGCAAGCCAUGGUGCAUUUGGAUGACGAUGCU